AGACAGACGCGCGGGAGGAGAAGUUCAAAGCGUCGGCGUCAUUUGAAUCCGACUCGAGCUUCUGGAAAAGGUGCGCGCGCUGCACCUGCUGAGAGAUAUAUAUAUAGAUAGAUAUAGAUAUAUAUAGUUCCAAUAAUGCAUUUUAUUCCUCUCUAAUACUUUUCUACAACAAAAACUAACAGAAGAAGAAUGUACGGUUUUCCUUCGGCUACAAACAACAACAACAACAACAACAACAACAACAACCAAUCUCGUCCGCUCCUCUAAUCCGUUCGCGUGUCCCGGUAACUUCUCCCGGUCCCUGGUUGGGAUGCUGUGAGCUCCAGCGGCGAUUACGCAACAACCCCCCCCCGCCCCCCCCCCCCCCGCCCCGUCCUGCGCGCUGUAACCGGAUCAGCGUCUCUCCUCAGCCUCUCCGGUCCCGCACUGACACCGGGCAGCUCUCAGCCGACAGACUCGGCCCCGUGACCUCAGCCGGCUCCGGUCGCCAUGGGGAAGGAGAAGCUCCACAUCAACAUCGUGGUGAUCGGCCACGUCGACUCCGGCAAGUCCACCACCACGGGCCACCUCAUCUACAAGUGCGGCGGCAUCGACAAGAGGACCAUCGAGAAGUUCGAGAAGGAAGCGGCGGAGAUGGGGAAGGGCUCCUUCAAGUACGCCUGGGUGCUGGACAAGCUGAAGGCGGAGCGCGAGCGCGGCAUCACCAUCGACAUCUCGCUGUGGAAGUUUGAAACCGGCAGGUACUACGUGACCAUCAUCGACGCCCCGGGCCACAGGGACUUCAUCAAGAACAUGAUCACCGGCACCUCCCAGGCGGACUGCGCCGUGCUGGUCGUGGCGGCCGGCGUCGGGGAGUUCGAGGCCGGCAUCUCCAAGAACGGGCAGACCCGCGAGCACGCCCUGCUGGCCUACACCCUGGGCGUGAAGCAGCUCAUCGUGGGCGUCAACAAGAUGGACUCCACCGAGCCCAACUACAGCCAGAAGCGCUACGAGGAGAUCGUGAAGGAAGUGAGCACCUACAUCAAGAAGAUCGGCUACAACCCGGACACCGUGGCCUUCGUGCCCGUUUCAGGCUGGAACGGAGACAACAUGCUGGAGCCCAGCCCCAACAUGACGUGGUUCAAGGGGUGGAAGGUCAACAGGAAAGAGGGCAACGCCUCAGGGACCACCCUGCUGGAGGCCCUGGAUGCCAUCACGCCCCCCAGCCGCCCCACAGACAAGCCUCUGCGUCUGCCGCUGCAGGAUGUCUACAAGAUAGGAGGUAUCGGCACGGUGCCGGUGGGCCGCGUGGAAACAGGCGUACUGAAGCCCGGCAUGGUGGUGACCUUCGCUCCCGUCAACGUGACCACGGAGGUGAAGUCCGUGGAGAUGCACCACGAGGCGCUGACCGAGGCCGCCCCCGGCGACAACGUGGGCUUCAACGUCAAGAACGUGUCGGUCAAGGACAUCCGGCGUGGCAACGUGGCCGGAGACAGCAAGAACGACCCGCCGCAGGAGGCCGCCAACUUUACCGCGCAGGUGAUCAUCCUCAACCACCCGGGUCAGAUCAGCGCCGGCUACGCUCCGGUGCUGGACUGCCACACCGCUCACAUCGCCUGCAAGUUCGCAGAGCUCAAGGAAAAGAUCGACCGGCGCUCCGGCAAGAAGCUGGAGGACGACCCCAAAUCCCUCAAGUCCGGAGACGCCGCCAUCGUGGACAUGAUUCCCGGCAAGCCGAUGUGUGUCGAGAGCUUCUCCGAGUACCCUCCGCUUGGUCGCUUCGCGGUGCGCGACAUGCGCCAGACGGUGGCCGUCGGCGUGAUUAAGGCCGUGGAGAAGAAGGUCUCCAGCACCGGUAAAGUCACCAAGUCGGCCCAGAAGGCCCAGAGGACCAAAUGAAUGUCGUGCUACUCUGCCGACCCCAAGGUCUCCCGGGGCAGGACGCCCGUCGUCCGACUCCAUCCCACGAUCGGCCGCUUUAACUCAAUCAUCAAAGACUGGUUACUCGCCACGAUGCACCGCAAGAGCAUUCGGAGGAAAGGAACCAGGUUUAGAUCUCGAGUCCUUGAGGCCCCCCCCCCCCCUCCCCCUCCUCCUCCUAACUCAAUUUUCUGCGGUUAGAUUACGUCUCCAUGUAAUAACAAAACUGAUAGUUUUAAAUGUGCACUAUUUGUUUAGUUUGUGUGGAUGUUGAGACGUUGAACAUUUAGAGGUGCUGAGCCGUGUCUGCGUGGUCUUUACGUGUUGUCGGUGUUCGUUUGCAACUACGUGGUGCUGAGAUGUUGUUCUUGAUGAAAAAACGACGUUCUUCCAAGUAGUAGAUCUGUAGACUUCAGUGAUUCCUUGUGUCUAAGCUAGAAAAAGCACUUAAAAACAAUCCUUAAAGCACUUUGAUUGGCGUUUUGCUGACUUUGCACUUGCACUGGAGAAGCUUAAAUUGGCAUAAGCUGCUGCACCUUACUGUAAGAAGACAAUGAGCCUCUUUGCAAAAUUAAACAUGUUCCAACCA